UAGUUUCUCAACCACUCAUUUAUGUGGAGUAUUCCUUUCACAUUAACAAAUUUCCUUUGGUGAGGAAAUUAAAGCCAUAACUGUUAACUCUGUGUUGAUCCAGCUCAAUUUCAUCUUUUAUCCUCAAGAUGGUUCUUCAAACUCUACACGACAACAAGCUUGAAGACGAUGACAAACUGGUUUGUAGUAGCAUCGAUUCACCCCUUCACCAAGCGGUUCGUCUUCCUCAUAACCAUUCUUCCUACCAUGAAGAUUAUUCGUUUGAUUUCCUGAGUGCUUUAAAAGAGUGUUCACCAAUCAGUUCUACAGCAUUAGUUGGAAGUAAGAUCCUAAGAACUUGCUUGAAAAAAGUGAAGCAAAAUAGCAUUACUGGAAACAGGUCCUCUCACCUGGAUAACAAUGGAUCAUGUGUUGCUCCUGCGUUUGCUUUGGAUUGGCGGCACGCACUGACUUCAGAACUGCAUUGGUACAAUACAUAUGUACCAAGAGACGCAAAGUUUCAGCAUGGCUAUACCUACAAAUACAAUCAGCAGAUACGUAAGGAAAUCGUUCAAUAUAUUUCAUCGUUUGUAGUCUCAACUACUGUCUUUCUAGGUAUUUUCUACAAUAUAUGGAGCAGACUAUUAUCAAGUAUUAGUGUCCAGUCACUGCAAAAAGAACAUGAUCACCGCCUUUCCAUCUGGCUGUCCUUGCUCGGGUUGAUCGGCAUUAUGGUGUUUGUUUGUGCUGUAGCUGCAAUGAUUCUUGUUGGUGCAGUAUUUACUCGGACGCAGAAAGCUAUGCUUAUCUUUUGGGUCGUUUUGAUGCAUCUUCAAUCAGCUAACUCAAUUAUCGAAGCUUUUGUUACAUUAAUCGGUGGAAUUUUCAUGGGGUGGUAUGCUUUUGGAGAAAAGCAACCACCAAAUGAAGUUAUAUGAAUAAAUAUGCUAAUAAGCUGUCAGCUCAAACAAGUAUAUGAAUGUGUGUGUGUGCACGUGUUUAUUUUAAUAUCAAUGUUUUUUCUAGAGUUUAUGUUUGUAAUUAGCAGCUGUAAGAAGUACCUUAUUCCAUCUGAUCUGCUGUGAUAUAUGUUGCUGAAUUUUACUUUCCAUGUUAUAGUUGUAUUGGGUACCAAAGUUUCUAUUCUUAACUCUUGUAAGUCAUAUUCAUAUAUCAUCAAAGGGAUUGGUAAAUUUGGCAUUUUCA